CUGCAGCGAGCUGCGCUAUAAAAGCUGGCGGAGGAAAAAAAAAAACUGUUUUGUCAGACACUGAGACACAGAGCACCGGAGUACCGUAACUGCAACGGAGUGCAGUUUAUUCACCAUUUAUAACUUUUUUCUCACAAGGAAUUGCUAUUUAUGAACAAAGAAAAGCGGGAUAUAUACACAUUCAAGGAAAAAGCUCGUGUGGAGCUGGAGCACGCUCAGUGAGGCUUGGAAGACGUCAGUAUGGCAGUCUCCACUCAACUGGGUUUACUCCUGUGGAAGAACUUCACCUACAGACGGAGACAGACGAUCCAGCUACUGAUUGAGAUCAUCUGGCCUCUGUUUAUCUUCUUCAUCCUGAUAUCAGUCCGGAUACAUUAUCCACCGUACGAGCAACAUGAAUGCCACUUCCCCAACAAGGCUAUGCCCUCGGCGGGUACACUUCCCUGGGUACAAGGCAUCAUCUGUAACGCCAACAACCCCUGCUUCCGCAACCCUACCCCUGGAGAGACUCCGGGGGUUGUGGGAAACUUCAAUGAUUCUAUAAUCUCUCGUCUGUUAGUUGAUGCCAAGAAGAUCCUGCUGUACACUCAGAAUGAUAAGAGCUAUGAAGGCUACAGGGGACUGCUCAGGGCCCUCAGGAAGAUGCAGAAGAACACUGCUCGUUUCAAGCUGAAGGACUUUUUGCAAGACGAUGAGACCCUGUCCCACUUCCUGCAUCACAAUGCUUCACUUCCUCAUCACGUGGUGAAGCACAUCGUGGAGGCGGAUGUCAAUCUGGAGAAGGUGCUCACUAAAGGUUUUGGCUUCCAUCUCAGAGACCUCUGCAACACCACACCUCUGGAGGAGUUUGUCCACAUUGCUGACCAAAAUGUGUCCCGCAUGACCCAAGAGAUAAUCUGCAAAUCCUCCAGUGAUUGGCUGAACAAGGCACAGAGCCACUUCCUGUCCAACUUGGACUUUCUAAAACCCAUUCGGAAGGAUGUGAGGUCAGACCCCAGAGUUGUUCAGGAAGUCUCAGCUGCAACCGACAAUCUUCUGGAGAGCCUGGGAGCCCUGGGUGUAGAGCUUGCUAAUAUGAAGAGCUGGAAGGAUAUGCGAAAAGAGAUCCUGUAUCUUACUGCCAAUGCCACAGGGUCACCAAAUCAAAUGUAUCAGGCUGUUUCAAGGAUCGUCUGUGGACACCCAGAGGGAGGGGGCCUCAAAAUCAAGUCUCUCAACUGGUAUGAGGACAACAACUACAAGGCCCUGUUCGGAAACCAUGGCAACGACAGUGACAGUGAACCCGUCUCCACUUAUGACAACUCUUCCACUCCCUAUUGCAACAACAUGAUGAGGAGCCUGGAGUCAAGCCCCAUUUCCAGGAUGAUUUGGCGGGCUCUCAAACCACUUCUCAUGGGGAAGAUCCUGUACACCCCAGAUACUCCAGCAACUCAGAGGAUCAUCCAUGAGGUCAAUAAGACGUUCCAGGAGCUGGGUGUGCUGAGGGAUCUAGGAGGGAUGUGGGAGGAGAUGAAGCCCAAAAUCUGGAACUUUAUGGAGAAUAGCGAGGAAAUGGAUCUGGUCAGGACCUUGCUCCAGAAUAAUGCUAGCGCUGCGUUCCUCAACAUUCAGCUUAGUGGGACUGAGUGGCGUGUGUCGGAUGUGGCUCGCUUCCUGUCCAAGACCUUUAACAACCAUAAACCCGCAGGGUCAGCCUACACAUGGAGAGAUGUCUUCAAUGAAACGGACCAGGCCAUACAGACCAUUUCACGCUUUAUGGAGUGUGUGAACCUGGACAAGCUGGAGCCAGUGGCUAAUGAGGAACGUUUGGUUAAUAAGUCCAUGGGUCUUCUGGAUAACCAGAAGUUCUGGGCUGGAAUUGUGUUUCCUGACAUCGCCCAUAACAACAGCACUGACCUGCCGCCUAACGUCAACUACAAAAUCCGCAUGGACAUUGAUAAUGUGGAGAGGACUAACAAGAUUAAAGACGGCUACUGGGACCCAGGUCCCAGGGCAGACCCCUUUGAGGACUUUCGCUAUAUCUGGGGAGGAUUUUCUUACCUGCAAGAUGUCAUCGAGCAGGGGAUUAUUAGAGCUGUCACAGGCAGCAAGGAGAAGACAGGCAUCUAUGUUCAGCAGAUGCCCUAUCCCUGCUAUGUAGAUGACAUUUUCCUGCGAGUGAUGAGCCGAUCAAUGCCUCUCUUCAUGACCUUGGCAUGGAUGUACUCGGUGGCCAUUAUCAUCAAGGGUGUGGUUUAUGAGAAGGAGGCACGGCUAAAGGAGACCAUGAGGAUCAUGGGACUGAACAACGGCACUCUGUGGCUGAGCUGGUUCAUCAGCAGUUUAAUCCCACUGCUGAUCAGUGCAGGCCUGUUGGUGAUGCUAUUGAAGAUGGGCAACCUGCUGCCUUACAGUGACCCGGGCGUUGUGUUUCUUUUCCUGGGAUCAUUCGGCAUAGUAACCAUCAUGCAGUGCUUUCUCAUCAGCACCUUGUUUUCUCGUGCCAACUUGGCAGCGGCCUGCGGUGGCAUCAUAUACUUCACUCUCUACCUGCCCUACGUGCUGUGUGUUGCCUGGCAAGACUACGUGGGCUUCGGAGCAAAAGUUGUUGUGAGCUUGCUGUCCCCUGUCGCUUUUGGUUUCGGAUGUGAGUACUUUGCACUGUUUGAGGAGCAAGGGGUGGGAAUCCAGUGGUCGAACUUACUCGCCAGUCCUCUGGAGGACGACAGCUACAACCUGACCACCUCUAUCUCCCUCAUGCUGUUUGAUGCUGUGUUGUACGGAAUAAUGACCUGGUACAUUGAAGCCGUGUUCCCUGGUCAGUAUGGGAUCCCCAGGCCUUGGUAUUUCCCUUUCACUAGGACAUACUGGUGUGGAGAGAAAGAGAACAAAGACAUGACCCAUCUAUCAAAGAAAGGCAAUGCUGAUGCUGUCUGCAUUGAGGAGGAGCCAGGCCACAUUGAUCCAGGUGUUUACAUUGAGAAUCUGAUGAAGGUCUACAGUCAUGGAAACAAGCUGGCUGUGGAUGGACUGUCCCUGCGAUUCUAUGAAGGACAGAUCACCUCCUUCCUUGGCCACAACGGAGCCGGCAAAACCACAACUAUGUCAAUCCUGACUGGGUUGUUCCCACCCACCUCUGGUACAGCCUAUAUCCUCGGCAAGGACAUCCGUACUGAGCUCAGCACCAUCCGACAGAAUCUGGGCGUCUGCCCCCAACACAACGUACUUUUCAGCAUGUUGACAGUGGAGGAACACAUCUGGUUCUACGCUCGCCUGAAGGGGCUUUCAGAGGAGAAGGUGAAGGCUGAAAUGGAGCAAAUUGUGAAUGAUGUCGGACUGCCUCACAAACGACAGUCUCGCACCAGCACCCUGUCUGGUGGGAUGCAAAGGAAGCUGUCAGUUGCCCUGGCUUUUGUUGGAGGUUCAAAGGUUGUGAUCCUGGAUGAACCUACUGCUGGUGUCGACCCUUAUGCACGCAGGGGCAUCUGGGACCUGCUGCUUAAAUACAGACAAGGACGCACAAUCAUCCUGUCCACUCACCACAUGGAUGAGGCUGACAUCCUGGGCGACCGUAUUGCCAUCAUUUCCCAUGGCAAGCUGUGCUGCGUGGGCUCCUCGCUCUUCCUGAAGACCCAGCUGGGAACAGGCUACUACUUGACCCUGGUCAAGAGAGACUAUGAUUUGACACUUCAGUCCUGCAGGAAUUCUGCCAGCACGGUCUCCUAUAGCAAGAAACCAGAGAAGGAGGACAGUGUAUCAGAAAGCAGUUCAGAUGCAGGCCUAGGCAGUGAACCAGAGAGUGAAACCACCACUAUUGAUGUCUCCCUCAUCUCCAAUGUGAUUUUCAAGCAUGUCCCAGAAGCCCGCCUUGUGGAGGAUCUUGGCCAUGAAAUCACCUACGUCUUACCCUACCAAUCUGCUAAAGAUGGGGCCUUCGUGGAGCUCUUCCAUGAGCUUGAUGACAGACUCACUGACCUGGGAAUAUCAAGUUAUGGAAUAUCUGAUACCACUCUGGAAGAGAUUUUCCUGAAAGUAGCUGAGGACAGUGGAGUUGAUGCUGUUGAGCUUUCAGAUGGAGUCGUACCAACCAGGACUCGUCGUCAUCAUGCGUUCGGAGACCACCAGAGCUGCCUGAAGCCCUUCACUGAGGAUGACUUUGACUUCAACGAUUCUGAAGGUGACCCAGAAUCCCGUGAGACUGACUGGCUCAGUGGAACAGAUGGUAAAGGCUCAUACCAGGUCAAAGGAUGGAGUCUGAAGAGACAGCAGUUUGUCGCACUACUCUGGAAACGAUUUCUCUAUGCCCGGCGCUCCAGGAAAGGCUUCUUUGCUCAGAUCGUUCUUCCGGCAGUGUUUGUGUGUAUUGCGCUUAUAUUCAGCCUGAUUGUUCCACCAUUUGGAAAGUACCCUAGUCUGGCUCUGGAUCCUGGCAUGUAUGGAGAACAGUUUACCUUCAUCAGUAAUGACUUUCCAGAAGAUGCUCACACAAACAAACUACUGGGAGCUCUAACGGCAAAACCAGGCUUUGGGACACGCUGCAUGGAAGGAGAGCCCAUACCGGACACUCCCUGUACUGCUGUAGAAGAUGAGUGGUCAAUCCCUCCAGUCUCUGAAAGUGUGAUGGACAUGUUCAACAAUGGCAACUGGACAAUGGAGAAUCCCUCUCCUCUGUGUGAGUGCAGUUGUGAAGGGCGUAAGAGGAUGCUGCCCGAGUGCCCUGCUGGGGCGGGGGGACUUCCACCACCACAGACCAAGAUCAGUGAAACUGACACUCUCCAGAAUCUGACUGGCAGAAAUGUGUCAGACUAUUUGGUGAAAACCUACGCUCAGAUCAUUGGCAAGAGCUUGAAUAACAAGAUCUGGGUCAAUGAGUUCAGAUAUGGUGGAUUCUCUUUGGGUGCCAGGGGUUCUCAGUAUCUGUCCAAUAAAGAUGAUGUUGAUGAUGCGAUUGCUGAGCUGAGGAGACGCUUCCAUCUUGAAAGAGGAACAUCAGCAGAUCGUUUCUUUCGCAGUCUCUCCAGUUUUAUUCAAGGACUGGACACCAAAAAUAACGUCAAGAUUUGGUUUAACAACAAGGGCUGGCACAGCAUAGGUUCCUUCCUCAACGUGAUGAACAACGGCAUCCUACGGGCCAGCCUGCCAGCUGGAAAAGAUCCCACAAAGUACGGCAUCACUGCCUACAAUCAUCCACUCAACCUCACCAAGGAGCAGCUGUCUCAGGUCGCACUAAUGACGACAUCAGUGGACGUGCUGGUGUCCAUUUGCGUGAUCUUCGCCAUGUCCUUCGUCCCUGCCAGUUUUGUGGUCUUCCUCAUCCAGGAGAGAGUGAACAAGGCCAAACACAUGCAGUUUAUCAGUGGAGUGCAACCCCUCCUCUACUGGCUGGCCAACUUUGUCUGGGAUAUGUGUAACUACAUAGUUCCAGCCACACUGGUCAUCAUAAUCUUUGUGUGUUUCCAACAAGACGCCUACGUCUCAUCUACCAAUCUGCCUGUGUUGGCCCUGCUUCUGCUGCUCUACGGAUGGUCGAUCACACCUCUGAUGUACCCAGCUUCAUUCUUCUUCAAGAUCCCCAGCACCGCCUAUGUGGUUCUAACCAGUGUCAACAUCCUGAUUGGAAUCAAUGGCAGCGUGUCCACAUUUGUCCUGGAGUUGUUUGGAAGCAAUGAGAUUGGUGGUAUCAAUGACAUCUUGAAGAAUGUGUUCCUCAUCUUCCCUCACUUCUGCCUGGGCAGAGGAUUGAUUGACAUGGUGAAGAAUCAGGCAAUGGCUGAUGCUUUGGAAAGAUUUGGUGAAAACCGAUUCCGCUCUCCUCUGGCCUGGGACAUGGUGGGAAAGAACUUGUUUGCAAUGGCCAUAGAGGGUGUUAUCUUCUUCUGCAUCACGGUCCUCAUUCAGUACCAUUUCUUCUUCAAGGCCAGGUCAUCCACCAGUCAUCUGAAGCCUAUUGGAGAGGAAGACGAGGAUGUUGCCAGAGAGAGGCAGAGGAUCCUGAGCGGUGGAGGUCAGUCAGACAUCCUGGAGCUCAGGCAGCUCACCAAGAUCUACAAGCGGAAACAGAAACCAGCAGUGGACCGGCUGUGUGUUGGCAUCCCUCCUGGAGAGUGUUUUGGUUUGCUGGGAGUGAAUGGAGCAGGAAAAACCAGCACAUUCAAAAUGCUGACAGGAGACUCUGUGGUCACCGGCGGUGAGGCCUACCUGGCUGGAAAGAGUGUGAACACAGAGAUAGACGAGGUGCAUCAGAACAUGGGAUACUGUCCUCAGUUUGAUGCUAUCAAUGACCUACUGACUGGAAGAGAGCACCUCGAGUUUUACGCUAUCCUGAGAGGAGUGCCUGAGAAGGAAGUCUGUGAGGUGGCAGAGUGGGGCAUCAGGAAACUGGGUUUGGUCAAAUAUGUGGACAAAGCAGCUGGCAGCUACAGCGGAGGAAACAUGAGGAAACUGUCUACUGCCAUAGCCCUCAUAGGAGGACCCCCCGUUGUGUUUCUGGAUGAACCAACAACAGGCAUGGACCCUAAGGCACGUCGUGCCCUCUGGAAUGCCAUCCUGAGCAUCGUCAAGGAGGGACGAUCUGUAGUCCUGACCUCUCACAGCAUGGAGGAGUGUGAAGCGCUUUGUACCAGGAUGGCCAUCAUGGUGAACGGCAGGUUCCGAUGCCUGGGCAGCGUGCAACACCUCAAAAACAGGUUUGGUGAUGGCUACACCAUCAUUCUGCGGGUGGCGGGUCCAGAUCCAGACCUUCGUCCGGUGAUGGAGUUCAUUGAGCGGGAGCUGCCAGGGAGCACACUGAAGGAGAAACACCGCAACAUGCUGCAGUACCAGCUUCCCUCAUCCCUCACCUCCCUCGCCCGCAUCUUCUCCCUGCUCUCUAAGAACAAGGAGGCACUCAGCAUAGAGGACUACUCUGUCUCUCAGACCACUUUAGACCAAGUGUUUGUAAAUUUCGCCAAGGACCAAAGUGACGAGGACCAUUUGAAAGACGUCCACCUGAACAAGCGGGACGCAGUGGAAGUGGACAUUAGCCAGCUAAACUCUUUCCUCACAGACAACAAGACCAGGGAGAGCUGCGUCUGAUUCCUUAAAAGACCAUCAGAGGGAUAAGCAUCGCCCCACCCUCCCCACAACCAACAAAUUAUGGACCACUAACAUGUGGGGGAGAAGAACUAUGUUCAUUUUUUACUUUUACUUUUUAGUCUUUUUUAAUUGUUAUCAUUUCUCAGUGGACCUGCUCUUCAGCGCACAGCCUCUUAAAAAGGCAGAGACUGCAGGUAUCGUGACAGACACUGAAACAAUGAAAACUCAAUGCAAAUCAAUGCAAGAAAUAUAUAUUUAUGAUGAGAAGAUAUUUGUGUGAGGGCUGGAGACUGGUGCUUCUCCUUCACUGGGUGGACAGGAAGAAAGAAAAGACUCAGAACACUUGAAGCGACGGACAGCAGCAUUUUAAUGCUGUGUCAGACUGGAAAGCAUGGCUACUCACUAAAUGGACAAGACGUAGGGGAUCGUAGAAGGAAAUAUCUCUUUGUUAUCGCCGUUCCUCAAAGCAGUUGGUCGUAGUCAGUGGAACUGUGUACAACAGUGUGAAACACAAUUCAGAUCAUUCACUGCCAGCUGUUAAGAAACAGACUGACUACUUUUCUAUUCAGGGUCUCCCGAUUUCAUUUCGUUACCAAGCGCAGUUGUUUUAUAAUGCAAAUCAUGGUUAAAAAUGCAUUUACAAUCCAGUUUCAGUCGUAUAUGUGCAAUCAUCACAAUAUUAAUUUUUACUAAAUAGAUUUUUUAAAAGAUAAUUGAGUUCUUCUUGAUAAACAUAACCUCUGUGGACUUCUUUUUUUCCCUUUAAAUGGAUAACAUUUUAAGACCGCUAACCAAGUUGUCUCUUUUUACUUGUCAUUCUCCGUGUCCUCGACAUUGUCCAGCACAGUGCCUAUACCGUUGGUGAGCGAAAUUUGAGCACUCCAUUAAAAAAAAAAACAACAAUGUAUACGUAGGCUGCCAAGGAAUGUAGAAGACUAGACAGGUACCAACACGCGUCAAAGCACAAAAAAUGUGUUGUUGUUUUUUGUGAAGAAACUUGACUGUUUUGUUUCUCGUUUGUGUCUGUCAUAGUCAAAAACAAACAAACAAACAAACAAAAAAAAAAAAUCUUGUGGUUCCUAGAUGUCUGUACAAAAUGUGCAGUCUGCUAUACUGGCUUGUUUUUUUUAUCACCUCUUGGAAUGGAACUGAAGGCUUAUCUGGAUGGAAACAAGAGGGAUAAAGAUUGCUGAAGAAUUUCGACAGGCUUUUGGAAGUGACUUGGAAAUAUACACUGCAUGCUUUCCACUGGGCCGCACACCUGGACUAUCAGCGCUUUUGUGUGUGUGCCGCAGCAUGCCGCCAGAUGUGCGAGUGAGGAUAUGGAGAAGACUGAAUUCUGCUUCGUUGUUGUUGGAUUACUGGCAUAUAUGUAUGUGUGGAGUAUAUAUCCAAAUUAUGUUGUAAAAACAAAACAAAAAAAAAAAUGUGAUUAUAACAAUGACAUGAAUCAGAUGGAAAAGCAUCUUUUGAUCUGAGCCAGUACCGAUGUGGUUAUAAUGUACAGUAGCAAUUUUGUGACGUUGAGCACAAAAAGAAAACUGAGGAGUGAACAAACAGUAUCUGUGCCAAACGAAGCUGAACAUGCAUCUUUGAACAACCAGCAGACUCUGGAGGAGGCAAUUGUAUUGUAUAAAGUUGUGCUUCGUUUUAUCCAUCAGCUCCGUUAAAAACAAAAAAAAAACAAAAACAAAAAAACAACCUCCUCUUCUCAUUCUCAAAUCAAAGAAGCAGGUGUAUGUCAAAGUUCUGCUCUUGUUCAGUCGGAUAUGGACUGAAAGUUCUUUCUACCCUCUAGUGACGUUGCCAAAUUCUCUCUGUCGACCCAUCCAUAAACUGCCACUCUGAAGCUGACCGUACUGUCAGAAACUCAAAUAUUACAGAUAUUCCACACGGAACAGUUUUUAAGAGCUAGUGAUGAGUACCGUGCUAAUUAGAUUUGUGCUUGCAAUGCUUUAUAUAAAUCCUAUCCAGGGUUCCAAUUGAUGACAGAUUAUCUCGGGGAUCUACCAACAGCUCUGGGGCUUCAGGCCUAUUCUUCUACCGACCCUGGGCUCUGAACUUUGUCCCACCAAAUCCCUCUUUUUAUAAAUUUGAGCACUUUAUCGGCUAAGCAGCCUUUUGUUUCAGCUACAUGGAAGUGGGGAUUUGGUCCCGGCAAAUGGAAAAAGAAACAAAACGAAAGAAAUCUCUGCACUGGAGUCAGACUAAAUUAAGCUACACCACAGCAUUAGAACUUGAACUACAAAAUGGAGACUUAGGUGAGAUUUAAAAGAAACGAGUAAAAUGGUGAAAAGCAGAGACAGUAGUUGGGUUAAAGAGAGAAACGUAGGACAGUACUAAGGUGGUGAUUUUUCUCUUCUCGUGCUCAAUAUUAUUAUUUGUUUACAUUUUUAAGUAUUACAGUUGUUUGAGUCUGUUACUCAUUGUGUAUAGUUACUCUUUCCAUUAAUAAAAAUUCAUACAUUUUGAAAAUAAA